AUGCACCCGUACCACAAAAGAUUAGCAAAAGAGUACCAAGCCAUCACCAAGGCAAACUUGCCCGGAGUUGAACUAGUCUCAUCGGAAGAGUUGCUAAGUUUCCUAUUCAAGAUCCACAUCGACAAUCACGAUCUUUAUCCCGAUGACUACUAUCUUCAAGUGACCAUUACUGAUGACUACCCCGUCGAUUCCCCGUCGGUGGUAUUUAUCAACUAUGCAUCCUCGCCCAUUCCAUUGCAUCCACACAUCUACUCCAAUGGCCACAUUUGUCUCAACUUGCUUGGAGAAGAUUGGACACCCGCGUGUUCCAUUGAAAGUAUAUUGCUCAGUAUCCAGAGCAUGUUGCAUUCAAACACACUUGCCGAAAGGCCACCAGAUGAUGCCCAGUAUACGAAAAGUGCACCAAGAGAUCCAAAGAGAACAAACUUUGUUUAUCACGAUGAUAAUAUAUAG